AUGGAUGAACAAAUAGCUGUAGAAGAGCUCAUUCAACUGGAAGAAUAUUUGUCCUUGUACCCGGAAGAUGAUGAUAUUGAUUCAGACAUGGAGGUAUGCUUCUCAUCUGAAUCUGAAAGUGAAAAUGAAGAGGAUACAUCAAACUCAGAAAAUAGGACUAAUGUCAUUAAUUUUCACAGAGAAGGAAACAAAAAAAAUUUAACAAAUGACCAAAGGAAAUUUUUAGUUGAUAGGUUGUUAAUGAUGUCAACUGAUGGUGUUUUACCUAAGGGAGCCAUGAAGACAAUGUGUGAAGAAUACAAUGUUACUAGGGUCACACUUUGGAGAUUGUGGUCAACAGUCAAGUCACAGUUGCAACAAGGGUUAAUAGUUGAUGUUAACAACAAAAAAAAAGGAAGGGCAGGGAGGAAACCGAAAGAAUGGGAUUUAGAAAAAAUCAAGGCAAUUCCAAUUGAAAAACGAACAACUAUAAGAGCUUUAGCCAAUGCACUUGAGAUUGGAAUUUCUGUUGUCUAUAGACUAAUGAAAUCAGGCAAGUUAAGAGCACAUACAAGUAGUAUUAAGCCAUCACUUUCAGAUAAGCAUAAGAUAAAUAGGCUUCGCUUUAUACUUGGCCAAAUAAUUCCAAGAACUGUUGAUUCAUUACCUAGAUUUUCAUGUAUGUAUAAUGUCAUACACAUAGACGAGAAGUGGUUUUAUAUGAGCAAACAAACUCAAAGGUUCUAUCUUUUUCCAUGGGAAGAAGAACCUUAUCGGGCAUGUCAAAACAAAAGGUUUAUUCCAAAAGUUAUGUUCGAGGGAGUUGUAGCUAGGCCAAUUAUUGCUGAAAAUGGGGUCAUCAUAUGGGAUGGGAAGAUUGGAAUAUUUGCUUUCACUCAGAUUCAGUAUGCAAAAAGAAAUUCAUGCAACAGGGAUGUGGGGACAGCAGAAACUAAAGCAAUUCAGAGCAUAACUAAAGAGGUUAUCAGAUCAAAGCUAAUUAAUGAAGUGUUGCCCGCUAUAAGGGCAAAAUGGCCAGCAGGUUCAUGCAAGGAAAUUUGGAUCCAACAAGACAAUGCAAGGCCCCAUAUCAAUGUCAAUGAUGCAGAUUUCAAUGAAGCUGCAACAAAGGAUGGGUUUCAAAUCAGAUUAACAUGUCAGCCAGCCCAGAGCCCAGAUUUAAAUGUUUUAGAUUUGGGUUUUUUUGCAGCAAUCCAAUCAUUGCAAUACAAAGCUUUUCCUUCUAAUGUAGAUGAACUUGUGAAGGCAGUUGAAGAUGCAUUUGAUGCUUUUGAACCAAAAUCACUAAGCUACACAUGGUUGCAUUACAAGUAUAUUAUGCUUGAAGUUCUCAACUGUGAUGGUGGUAAUAAGUACAAAAACCCACACAAAGGUAAAAAAAAAUUGGACAAUUUAGGGUUGCUACCAACUGAAGUGGAAGUCCCUGAAGACUUGAUUCAAAAAACUAUGGAACAUUUACAAGAUGCAGCAUAA